AUGGGCCAGCAGUUGGAUAAUGAACUCGAGAUGUACAAUCAGAUCUCUGCCUCGUCAACAGAGCAUCCUGGACGCAGUGCGGUGAGAGAACUGCUUGAUUCGUUCGACCAUCGUUGUCUGGUUCACUCGCCACUCUGGGAGAGUAUCUGGACAUUCCUGAACCGCAAUCCAGUGGGAAGACUACCGCCAGUAGCCCUCGCUGUCACCCUGAGUCGACUCUUUCUAGCACUCGAUUAUUUCCAUACGCAGUGCAAGGUCAUACAUACAGAUAUCAAAGGAGACAAUAUCAUGUUUGGUAUUUAUGACGACUCAGUAUUCACGGCUUUCGAAGAGGAGGAGCUCAGUGAUCCAACUCCACGAAAGGAGGUAGACGGCAGAACCAUAUACAUAUCACGAGAACUUCGAAAGCCCAAGGACUAUGGCGCGCCAGUUCUAUGCGACUUUGGCUCGGCUGUUCGUGGUGAUGUAGAACAUUGCGAAGACAUCCAGCCAGACAUUUACAGAGCUCCCGAGGUCAUCCUUCAAGCCCCAUGGUCGUAUAAGGUGGACAUAUGGAACGCAGGAUGCAUGAUUUGGGAUAUUUUUGAAGGUCGGCAUAUGUUUACAGGGCAUGACCCCGAGUUCCAGAAAUACCGCAGCAGAGCACAUCUCGCCGAGAUUAUCGCGCUCCUCGGUCAGCCUCCAUCCGAAGUCCUUCAAGCCGGCAAAGCCAGCCAUAAGUUCUUUACAGACACCGGUGACUUCCGUAAUGAGAUUGACAUUCCUGAAAGAGCUUCUCUUGCACAGCAGGAAAUCAGUCUUGAAGGGGAGCGAAAAGAAAUGUUUCUUGCCAUGAUGAACAGAAUGCUUCAGUGGGAUCCAGCCCAGAGAUUGUCAGCGAAAGAGCUUGCUGAAGAUCCGUGGAUCAUGGCGUAUAUGUAA